CCACCCCUUGUGGCAGAGCUGCCGCUGCCAGCCCUCUGCGUGGAGUGUUUGCACGAAAGCUGCGCCUUGGACUUCACAUCCGUAAGGCACUUGAUUCACUGCUGUGUCAAGAACCUGUUUCAACCAUUAGAAGAAAAGACACAAAACAGAUUUGCUUUGAAGCUUGAAGUUGCUAUGAGCCAAGGUUGAGAUUUCUUUUCUGAAACCUCAGAAUUGUCUGGAUGAGGAAUUGUGGGAGGAAAUGGACCGGUGUGUGUAAUCAUGGACUCUCGUGGCUAGCCAUCCACACCUGCUCUCCUUGCUGGUGGGCGAGAGAGGGGGUCAGGGAGAAGAAGAGGUCACCAUGAAGCUGAAGCAGCGAGUCGUGCUGUUAGCAAUUCUCCUCAUCAUCUUUGUCUUCACCAAAGUUUUCCUGAUUGACAACUUGGACACGUCGGCUGCCAACCGGGAGGACCAGAGGGCCUUUCACCGAAUGAUGACUGGCUUGCGGGUAGAGCUGGCACCCAAGCUGGACCACACCUUGCAAUCCCCCUGGGAGAUCGCGGCCCAGUGGGUGGUUCCCCGGGAAGUGUACCCAGAAGACACACCAGAACUUGGGGCAAUUAUGCAUGCCAUGGCCACCAAGAAAAUUAUCAAAGCUGAUGUGGGUUAUAAAGGGACGCAGCUGAAAGCCUUACUGAUACUUGAGGGAGGCCAGAAAGUUGUCUUCAAACCGAAGCGGUAUAGCCGGGACUACGUGGUGGAAGGGGAGCCAUAUGCUGGUUAUGACAGACACAAUGCAGAGGUGGCAGCCUUCCAUUUGGACAGGAUCCUGGGUUUCCGCCGAGCCCCGCUGGUGGUUGGCCGCUUUGUCAACCUGCGGACAGAGAUGAAGCCUGUUGCCACGGAGCAGCUGUUGAGCACCUUCCUAACUGUAGGGAACAACACUUGUUUCUAUGGUAAGUGUUACUACUGCCGAGAGACGGAGCCCGCCUGUGCUGAUGGAGACAUGAUGGAGGGGUCUGUGACGCUUUGGCUUCCAGACGUGUGGCCUCUGCAGAAACACCGACACCCGUGGGGCAGAACCUACCGAGAGGGGAAACUAGCCAGGUGGGAAUAUGAUGAGAGUUACUGUGAUGCUGUGAAGAAAACGUCCCCUUAUGACUCGGGCCCACGCCUCCUGGACAUCAUCGACACAGCCGUCUUUGACUACCUGAUUGGCAAUGCCGACCGCCAUCACUACGAGAGCUUUCAGGAUGAUGAAGGCGCCAGUAUGCUCAUCCUUCUCGACAACGCCAAAAGCUUCGGGAACCCUUCGCUGGAUGAGAGAAGCAUUCUCGCCCCUCUCUAUCAGUGCUGCAUCAUUCGCGUUUCCACCUGGAACAGACUGAACUACUUAAAGAAUGGUGUGCUAAAGUCUGCCUUAAAAUCCGCCAUGGCCCACGACCCCAUCGCCCCCGUGCUGGCGGAUCGCCACCUGGACGCCCUGGAGCAGCGGCUCCUCAGCGUCCUGGGCACCGUGAAGCAGUGCGCUGACCAGUUUGGGGUGGACACUGUGCUGGUGGAAGACAGGAUGCCUCUCUCCCACUUGUGAUGCUCAGCCCCAAACAAGCGGCACUUCUUUUUACAGAUAGAGAAACAGCACAAUCAGUUCCAAAGGGGAUGAGACGGAUUGCCACGUGGCCUGCAGCAAGUUCUGUGACGGGGACAGGGUGGCCUUGGGCAGCUCGUCUUUGGUGUUUCUGCACUCCAAGCUGAGGCAAAGCCACAGGGGUCAGCGCGGGGAGCUUGCGGAAUCCCCUUCUGAGUUCCUCGGCCCCGCCCCGGCCCGCCCAGCAGGGGCCAGCCAGGUGGCCAGUCUUGAGUCCAUGCCAGAGGGUAGGGGACUGGGUGUGGGCCUGGAGGGUGGGCUUGGCACUGAACUUUGCAGUUCUUCCUCCACACUUGUGGAUUUUACAGAUACACAUUGCAAUCUCUUGUGUCUUUUUAUUAUUACUAUCAUUUUUUUUUUUUUUAGCUAAGUCUGGUCAAACUGGAAAGCUUACUGCUCCUACAGAGUGGUGGCAAAUAAAGCCUUGCGUCUGUCGAGCCACGGCAGCACACGCUGUUGAAGGAAGUACACUCAAGAUAAAGGAGAAAAGCAGGAAGGUGAUCAGGCUUUUUGUGAUUAAAGGGUGUGAGGUUUUUUUUGUUUGUUUUUAUUUUUUAUGACUUAGGAAGGGGCAGAGGAGAGGGAUCCACUUGAUAGAACUGAAAUCAGGGAAAUGCUGUAACCAGUGUAAAGGAGGACUCCCCGUGUUUAGGAUCUUAAAGGUGUGUGAACGCCAAAAUGUGACUUUGCACCUGAGUACAGGUUACUUUCAGAGCUGAGUCCAAAAUCACCAAAAAUGAAAAAAGAAAAA